AUGGUGUCGGUCAAAUUGGGAAUGCUCCAUUACGUAAUCGACCACGUAUACGGAGCGUUCAUGCACCGCACGAAGAUAACCCCACCGUUCUUCUCGCGAGGGUGGGGUGGUCCGAAGCUGGAGCUGCUCGAGCGGAUGGCUAAGAAGCUCUUCCCGCUGGAUGUUGAACAGAAUUGGCCACCGGCUAUGGUCCGUCCCGUGUGGAGGACCGUCUGGGAGACGAAGACCGCUUGUCUCAGAGAGGGCGUUUUCCAGACUACCUGCGACGACGAGCUGACCGCUGCUUUGCCUCCGGAGUCUCGCACCGCCAGGGUUGCUUGGCUUGUCCCCAAAAACGUUCCUCCCCAAAAGAUGGCCUGUGUGGUUCAUCUUGCAGGCACAGGGGAUCAUACAUUUGACAGAAGACUGCGUCUGGGUGGACCGUUGGUGAAACACAACAUUUCAACAAUGGUGCUGGAAAGCCCUUUCUAUGGCCAAAGGCGUCCGUUUCUACAACGUGGUGCGAGGCUCCUCUGUGUUAGUGAUCUGCUUUUACUCGGUAGGGCAACAAUCGAAGAGUCCCGCAGUCUUAUCCACUGGCUUGACACUGAGGAAGGCUUUGGAAAGAUGGGUGUUUGUGGGCUUAGUAUGGGAGGAGUACAUGCUUCAAUGGUUGGAUCGCUUCAUCCAACACCAGUUGCAACGCUUCCAUUCCUGUCUCCGCACUCUGCGGUUGUUGCAUUCUGCGAAGGAAUACUAAAGUAUGGAACCGCUUGGGAGGCACUGAGGGAGGAACUUGCAGCACAGGAGAUCACAAUGACUCUUGAAGAAGUGAGAGAGCGGAUGAGAAAUGUUCUCUCCCUCACGGAUGUCACUCGCUUCCCUAUCCCUAAAAACCCCGAUGCUGUCAUCUUUGUUGCUGCAACUGAUGAUGGAUACAUACCCAGACACUCGGUGCUGGAGCUUCAAAAGGCAUGGCCAGGCUCAGAAGUGAGAUGGGUUACAGGUGGACACGUGUCCUCUUUUCUGCUGCACAAUGAUGAGUUUCGCAGAGCAAUCGUGGACGGUCUCGAUAGGUUAGAGUGGAAGGAGCCAUGGUGA